AUGGCGACACCCGUGUACUUCUACGGGGCCGACAUCUUCCACCGACGCACGAUCAAAGAGUUGUAUUCGCUGUGGAGGCGUAACAGCCCUGUGCCUGUCCUCCGCCGGUUCUACCGCUUCGGAAGCAUGGAUAUGCUGCUGUCCUUCGGUACAACCAUUGCCUACGUGUCCUCCAUUGUCGACCUUAUUAUCGAACCGACGUCUGCGGGCCUGGCGACUACGGCUAGGAACUCGACCUACUUCGACUCGGUUGUGUUCCUCACAAUGUUUCUUUUGAUGGGCCGCCUAAUCGAAGCAUACAGCAAAGGGAAGACCGGCAAAGCGGAGACGAUCUUGAUUUCUCGCUUCGUGGGUCAAAAGGCAGUUAGCACCACAAUUAUUCCCACUGACUUGGUCGACACUGGCGAUGUGGUAAGGGUCGUGCACGGUGGCUCUCCGCCCUUCGAUGGCAUUCUUCUCGAAGGGGACGGCGUCCAGUUUGAUGAAUCAGGUCUGACUGGGGAAUCAAGGCCGGUCAAAAAGGCUGUUGGCGAUACGAUAUAUGCCGGCACUGUCAACAAUGGCGGCCCCGUCUCGAUGCAAGUUACCGGCGCCUCCGGGCAUUCCCUGCUGGAUCAGAUCAUCGACGCUGUACAAGAGGGUCGAGCGCGACGUGCGCCAAUCGAAACUGUGGCUAACAUCCUAACCAGUCUCUUCGUUCCCGUCGUGACCCUUAUCGCUGUCGCCACUUGGCUGAUUUGGCUAUUGCUUGGUGUCUCUAGCGCACUACCGACGGGCUACUUGGAUGUCGCCGUUGGCGGUUGGCCGUUUUGGUCCCUACAGUUUACCAUUGCGGUUUUCGUGAUUGCCUGUCCUUGUGGGAUUGGUCUAGCUGCGCCCACGGCACUUUUCGUUGGUGGCGGUUUAGUAGCCAAACAUGGGAUUUUCGUGAAGGGCGGGGGCGAAGCAUUUCAAGAAGCGAGUGGCCUCGACAUCAUCGUCCGUAUCUUGUAUGUCGUUUAUAACUAA